AAAUCUUUCCAGGGUAAAGAUGGUGACAUAAUAGAUUGUGUAGAUAUCUAUCAACAACCUGCUUUCGACCAUCCAUUACUCAAGAAUCAUACGAUACAGAUGGAACCCAGUUUCAUUCGAAAGGUAACAAAUGAAGAAUUAUACAAUGCCGAGCUAUUCCAAGGUUGGCAUGAGGAUGAAGAAUGCCCUGAAGGAGCAAUCCCAAUUAGACAUGCCCGACCGGGUGAAUAUUCUGCCCACCGUACUAUAGCCCCACUUGCACAUCGGAAAGAGCUUAAUAUCCGCCGUAAUUAUGAUACUACAGGGCAUGAGUAUGCCCAAGCUCAUUUGAGUCCUGGCAACUACAAUGGAGCACAUGCAACAAUUAACUUGUGGAGCCCUCAAAUAAUGGAUGGGGACUUUAGCCUUGCUCAAAUAUGGGUUGUGGCAGGUCCGGACAACGAACUAAACACCAUUGAAGCCGGAUGGCGGGGUGAUAAUCACAACGGGCAACCCAGGUUUUUUGUAUACUGGACUCGCGACGCGUAUGAUAAAACUGGGUGCCAAAAUCUUGACUGCCCUGGUUUUGUGCAAGUAGACCGAAAAUUUGCAAUUGGUUCUCCCCUAAAUCCCGUUUCAACCUACGAAGGGACGCAACACGAUAUAGGGGUAACCAUAUACAAGGAUAAGGGAAAUUGGUGGCUACAAGUGCAAAAUCAGGCUAUUGGAUAUUGGCCUCAUUCCAUAUUCACACAUUUAGCAAAUGUGGCUACCUCACUCAGUUGGGGUGGAGAGAUUUAUUCCUCAGGGAAAGAGGGUCAUCACACAUCAACUGAUAUGGGGAGUGGACAUUUUCCUAGUGAAGGCUAUGGAAAAGCAAGUUAUUUUCGCAAUAUUCAAUACAUUAAUAGCAAUGGCAAAUUCAUUGACGCUGGUGAGGAAUUGCAUCCAGAUACAACAAAGUCUUCUUGCUAUGAUAUAAGACUUGUGACCGAUCAGAAUGGUGGCAGUGGAACCCAAUUCUACUUUGGGGGUCCUGGGUAUUCAGCAACAUGUCCUUAG